CCCUCCUCUCUGUUUUCCCAGAAAAUUCUUUUUCCCUAAUUUGUCGUGGAGGCGAGCAGAUAGAGGAGAGAGGGAGGAGGAGGAGGACGGGGGCAGGAGGAGGCGUCCCUCGUGAUUGGACAGGGCGCGAGCACCCCGAGGCGCGGGGCCCGGUUCCGGUCCUGGUGCAGCCUCGCCGUCGUCCGGGCGGCCGUUCCGUGCUCCAUUUUGCCUCGACCCGGCUCGGAUUUGGUGGGAUCCGGCCAAGAAAUUCCGUGGUUGGUGAAGGGGAGGAAAGGGAGGAGGAGGGGGAAGGUAUGGGCGCCGGGGCGGAGCCGAAGGACAUGGCGGCCGUCGGGGCGGUGGAGGAGGAGGGGAGCGGGAAGAAGGAGAAGGCGGCCGCAGUGUCGUGCUCGAUCUGCCUCGAUGCGGUGGUCGCUGUCGGCGGGGAGAGGUCCACCGCCAGGCUGCAGUGCGGCCACGAGUUCCACCUAGACUGCAUUGGAUCAGCAUUCAAUGCCAAAGGGGUUAUGCAAUGCCCCAACUGCCGCAAAAUUGAGAAAGGGAAUUGGCUUUAUGCAAAUGGUUCCCGACCUGCACAGGAUGUUAACAUGGAUGAGUGGGCUCAUGAUGAAGACCUUUAUGAUGUUAGCUAUUCAGAGAUGCCAUUUCGCUUCCAUUGGUGUCCAUUUGGUCGCUUACCACAACUUCCAUCUUUAUUUGAGGAAGGAGAAUCAUCACCUCCAGUAACUUUUCAUGACUUCAUGGGACAACAUGUGUUUACGGAGCAUGUAGCUGUAUCUGCUGGACCAGGGACAACUCAUCCUUGUCCAUACGUGGCAUACUUGCAUCCUCUUCCACCGCUGGCAUCAUCAUCAAGCUCCCAUGUCCCUGAGAGAACUAUGGAUCGUCCUGCAUAUCAUGAUCACUGGAGCCCCCUGGCUGGCCCAUCAGAUGGUAGGCAAGUGCAAGCAGUGCCACCCGCUGAUUUCCAUCAUAAUCUUUGGGCGCACAUGCCCCAUUCCUAUGCUCAACCCAACAGCAAUAACGGUGUGACCGAGCAGUCAGGAAUCCCUUUUGGAACAAGGGCUGCGAGGGUUGAUGGUGAUAGCCAACGUCGAGCAUCUGUUGUUUCUCCAUCGUACUUCAGCAAUGGAUCUGGUUCUAGAUCUAGAGCUCCCAAUGUUCCUCCUCUGAUGCCGCAAUUCAUGAGGGCUCAUGGCAGCAUCAACGAGCAGUACCAGCAGAAUUCAUCAUCUAGUCUAUUUGCUGGGGCUCAUAGGUCGGGAAGCAUGCGACCUGCCCCUACACCUCUAUCUGAGAACCCCACCUUUUCCCUGUUCCCUCCAGGUUCCUCUGGCCAUAGUUCAAUGGAGACUGAUGAUGUGGGGGGAAACCGGUUCUACGCUUGGGAGCGUGACCGAUUCGCACCAUACCCGUUGAUGCCGGUGAACUGCGAGACAAGCUGGUGGACCUCACAGCAGUCUCACAGCACACCAGAGCCCACAUCUGCACCAAGGAGACUAUUUGGGCAAUGGAUCGGUGUCGGCAGGUCAUCACCUGAGAAUAGAUCGCCUGAGGGCUCUUCAUAUCGGCAAAUGCACACACCUCGGAUGUAGCCCCUCACUGCGAGAAUCCGAGUUAAUUUGGAAUCUGAGUUGCUUGUAAGAAAAGAUGGAAAACCCAUUGUAUUAAAUUAAGCCGGGCUGCGCCGUAAACUUUCGGACUUAAUCUGAGGGGGCAAGAAACAGGAAAUGACCCGUUGAGAGAAUAUUUGAUUUGGUUUAUGUGAAUUCCAUCUCGUACAUAUUUCAAAUCAAGUUGGGAUAUUCGGAGCUUCACCAUGUGACAUAACUUCUUAUACUGCAUAAUGUCGAUGGAUGGAUGCCAAUGUUAUUACA